AUGGUCAAGGUCGAAGAAGUCAUCGACGAGGAAUUCCUCCGCGCCCAAGAAGGCGACGAAGGCUGGGAAGACGAGAUUAGCGAUGACGAAUCCGACGCCUCCUCCAUCGACGUCCCCGAAGACGAAACCCUCUACGACCGUUUCGUCGCCCUGCGCGACAUCAUUCCGCCCGUCUAUCGCAACCGCGUCGCCUCCGUGGCAUCGGGAACCUCGUCGUUCUUCCGGUCGGGGACAUCGUUCACGGCCAAGUCGCUGUACGUCUUGGCGACCACGACGCUGUUCUUGGGCGUGCCGUGGAUGAUUGCGUUCAGCGAGGAGCAGCAGUUGGCGGAGAUGGAGAAGGAGGAGAGGAUGAGGGCAUUGGGGGCUGAGGUCUUGACGCAGGGUGCGCCGGAGGAGGUGAAGCCGGCCUUGUAA